AACACAACAUGCCGGUCGACAAGAUAAUCCCCGAAACGGGUCAAAAAUGGCCAGAAAAUGUGGGUAUUAUUGCGAUGGAAGUUUACUUUCCUUUUACAUGUGUCAACCAGGAAAAAUUGGAAGAGUUUGAUGGCGUUAGUAAAGGGAAAUAUACGAUCGGUUUGGGGCAACGAAACAUGGGUUUCUGCGGAGACCGCGAGGACAUCAACUCGAUGUCGCUUACGGUUGUUCACAAACUGAUGGAGAGAAACUCAAUCGAUCCAAAUGAUAUCGGCCGGCUUGAAGUUGGAACAGAGACGUUGAUUGACAAAUCGAAAUCUGUGAAAAGCUUUCUGAUGCAGCUGUUUGAGGAGAGUGGUAACACAAACAUUGAAGGGAUCGAUACGACAAACGCUUGUUAUGGUGGUACACAAGCGCUCUUUAAUUCAAUUGCGUGGAUAGAAAGCAGUGCGUGGGAUGGUCGACUAGCUAUUGUUGUUGCCGCUGACAUUGCUGUAUAUGCAGCUGGCAAUGCACGCAGCACUGGUGGAGCAGGAGCAGUUGCUAUGCUGGUUGGACCAAAUGCUCCUGUGGUUAUGGAACGAGGAUUGAGGUCAGUACACAUGCAGCAUGCAUAUGAUUUCUACAAGCCAAACAUGUCCUCUGAGUAUCCUGUCGUUGAUGGAAAACUCUCAGUUCAAUGCUACUUUAAUGCACUGGACCAGUGUUAUAAGAGAUACAAAGAGAAAGGACAGCAGCUCUGUCAAAAGGCAUCAUUUACACUGGAUGAUAUCGAUUAUGCUGUGUUUCACACUCCUUUCUGUCGGAUUGUUCAGAAAUCACUGGCCCGGUUGAUGCUUCAGGAUUUUCUUUCUGACAUGGGAUGUGAAAGUUCUGAGAGAGAAAAGUAUUCUGAUUUAGUAAAAUUUAGAGAUGUCAAAUUGGAAGAAACGUUUCAAGACGAGGGUAAAGCCAAGGAAAUCGAGAAAGCGUCAAUGAAAUGUAGUAAAGAUGCUUACGACAAAAAGACGGCGCCAUCUUUGUGUAUUUCUCGUAACGUUGGAAAUAUGUACACACCUUCACUUUAUGGUUGUUUAGCUUCCCUCCUGUUCAGCGAAUCGCUCGAUGAAUUGGCCGGCAAACGAGUGUUGUUGUUUUCCUAUGGCUCUGGACUCGCUUCAGCCAUGUUUUCCUUUCGAAUCUCAGACGACUUUGGACCCAGUUCCCCACUGAACACACUGGUGACGUCACUGAAGGAUAUCCCAGCACGUUUGGCGUCCCGGAAAGAAGUGGAACCCGCCGAGUUUCUGGAAACUCUCAAAAUACGCGAACAUACUCAUAACAAUAGCAGUUACACGCCGAUCGGCUCUGAGGAAGAUUUAUUUCCAGGGACUUAUUAUUUGACGUAUGUGGAUGACAAGUUUCGACGAACCUACCAGCGAAAAAAAAAUUCCUCCAAUGAGGGCAGCUGUAUGGUUGUUUAAAGGGGAUUUAUGCUUUGGAGUCCAGAUGAUUUUAAUCACUUUUAGUAUCUAUAAAAUUGUGACACUUACGGUGUUUUGAGAUUCCAAAGAGUAACCCCCUUAUUUUUUCGAAAGUUGUCUUCGAAUUAGGGAAAACUUCGAGCGGCACUUUGAAUCGUGCUCAGCAGCCCGGCCACUUUCCUGUGACGUAAUCUAGUCUGCUGUAGACUCCCGAGUUUGAUUUAUUAUUAUUAUUAUAAUUAUUAUUAUUACUUUGCAAUAAUUAGAAGAGUAACUGUUUGUGAACCUAGCGUUGCGAUUUACUUUUUUUUUAUUCCAAUUUGCACGCCAUAAUCGAAUUAUAAGCACAUCCAAAACAAUUUUGGAUCUUUACAGUCUCUGUUUGAAAUCUCUGAACGCCGCAAGGAUUUGAUACUAUAUACACAUUUUAAAGUGGCGGAGUUAAAAAUGAUGGUUUGUGGAACACAAUUCCAUUAAGUAGAGCAGAUUUUAGGUAUACGUGCUUCAUGCAAGUAAUUUUGAAAAGUUUGUUACAUAAUGUG